AAAAAGUUACAUCUUCUUCUUCUGCAUAACACUCGUUUCGUUUCCCGCUCUAUAUUUUCUUAGGGCCAUUCUCUCUCUCGAUUCCACUUCCACGGAUACGAUUCCUUCGUUCUUAGCCGCGUUUCCAGUUUAAAGACAUCAAUGUCUGGUGAAUCAGCAGUUGGUGAAAGUGUCUCAUUCGCUGAACUCGAGAUUCUGAAAGGAAAGCACGAGACUUUGUUGAGGGAGCAUGAAACCUCAAUCUCAACAAUCGAGCUUCUCGAGAAGAAGCUGAAAGAGGCGUUGCUGGUUGAGCAAAAGGGUGAGUAUUGGGAGAAGAAGUAUCUUGAACUGCUGAAGAAGCUAGAGACCGUUGAGAACAGUAUCAAAGACUUGAUGUAUUCUGAAGUGGCCGGCGAGGAUUCAGGGGCUGCAGCACUUGGAGAGGAUCGUAAAGUUGUGAUUGUGCUCAGUGAUGACGAUGAAGGGGACGGAAGCGAGAGCAGUGGAGGAGACAGUGACUCUGAGAACCAAGAAAAUUUAUCCUUCUAUCUUUGAUCAAGAACUUGGAAUCAUUGUAGGAGAUGGAGAAGUAGAGAGUAAGUAGUAGUAGUAGUAGUAAGUUGGCUGUUUAGUUAUGACUAUGAAUCUCCGAUGUGUUGUUGUUGUUUUGGCUUUCGGAGUUAGGAUGUUAAGAGAUGAUAGUUUGUAUGUUAAGUGGAUUUUUAGCCUAACAAAAGGUUGCAAGAGAGGCAGCUUCCAUCCUCAAAACUAUGUUCAGACUGUUCUAGUUAUAGCAGUUAAACAAGAGAUGAGAUCAAGAAACU